AUGGUGCGUGAGCUGCCGCGCAAGGGGCAGGGCGCAACGCAGGCGUACACCGUCGCCGCAAAGGAAGAGGGCAAGAGUGACUGGGCGCCCAUCCGCAUCGCGGUGUCCACAGAGGAUUUGAAGGACGCCGACAAGUUCUGCACCAAAGAAAAUGAAGCAAAGCCGGGCUUCAGGGGAAAGAAUUCAUCGCGCACGAAGGAUGAUGUUUUGACCUCGGAGAUGAUAAAAACCAUUGUGGAUGAGAUUAUUCCUGUGGCCGUCAAACUGCACGCGGAACGUUUGCUCGUUCAGCGCGUGAAGACUCCGUUUGUUGUGUUGCCGUUCGCAAAGAAGCAGGGGAACUGCCAAUACUUCAAGGUCCCCGAAGCGCAUCAGAAGACGGCGGGAAUGACAGGCGCGGACAUGGUGCUCUACGUGGCCGCCGGGUUGAACUACGGGAUAUGGGCUACCACGUGUGAACCUACGCGAGGCUGCGGCUGGUGCUCCACAGGCGGCUGUAGUCGCUGGGGCAAUUCCACGACCCACGCGUCUGGCGUGCAGCAUCAAACCAUCGAUGUGCUCAUGCCCCUUUGGGGGUAG